AUGGCUGGCCGAACCACCCUUGUCAAGGCGGUCUUGACAAGCGUGGUCAUCUACUUCAUCACCGUGCUUGAUGUGCCAAUGGAGCUUCUCAUGAAGAUUGAUAGCUUAAGAAGGGCUUUCCUAUGGUCGGCAUGUGACAAGUCAGUCCCAUCACCAGGAUCUCGCCAUCCGCCGCCGCUGGAUGUGUGGAGUCCGGGGUCUUCGCCGUCUCCUGCUAGGCGGAGGGUUAGGCCCCAUCCAGGUGCUCGCGACCUUCCCGUCUUCGGUGGCCUCUGCGUGCUGCUGGUGAGGCGCUUCUCGACCGCUCAGGGACCAGGAUUAGGAAGAGGACCCAACUGGCUUGUUUACAAGAAACUAAAUCACAUACUUUUUUUAGGGAACAUUAAAGACGUUUCUUUGGUGCCCAAUACAAGUGAGUUCUUAACAGAACCUCCGUGCAUCCAUACUGCUCGGUUCCACAUUCCCACAUCUUUGACUAACAAGCGCACGCCAGUAGCAGCCAUGGCGGCAUUCGGGAGCAUGCUUGCCUCUGCUGUUAUCAAGGUAGUCGUCCAAGAGCUGAGUUCCACCAUCGGAAGUAAUAUAAAGAUGCAGAAGAACUUUAAGAAAGACCUGGAGGAGAUGAGGAGCACUCUGGAGUCCGUGGAGGCGGUGCUCAAGGACGCCGAGAAGAGGUCGAUCAAUGACGCAGCGGUUCGCCUUUGGCUGGAACGGCUCAAGAAGGCCAUGUACGAUAUCUCUGACAUGGUUAUUGACUUCGAAACCAACACUGAAGUACCGGCUGGACAAAAGAUUCUAGUCAUAUCCUACUGUCUUCAGUUUGUUCCUAAGAUUGUCAUGGCUAAUAAGAUGAGGAUAAUGAGAGGGCGACUUGAGAACAUCACUAAACAACAUCAAAAUUUCAGUUUCAUGCCAGACGGGAGCUCUACUGUGAGGCAAGUUAGUGAUAUACGGGAAACAUCAUCGUUUAUGGAAGAGACACUUAUCAUUGGUCGGAGUGUAGACAAACAAAAAAUGCUAGCUAUUUUAUCUGUAAGAAUCACGGAACAGAUCACCAUUGUUCCCAUACAUGGUAUUGGAGGCAUUGGGAAAACAACAUUGGCAAAGUUGGUUUUCAAUGAUAACCAAUUCAAAGACUACUCUCGAGUGUGGGUUUAUGUGUCCCAGAAGUUUGAUUUGAAUAAAAUUGGUAACUCUAUAAUAUCACAAGUAUCAGAUGAACAAAGCCAACUGGCUGAAAGGCAGAUGAUACAUAAUCGCCUUGGUAGAAUACUCGUGGCUAAAGAUAUUCUUAUUGUUUUAGAUGACUUGUGGGAGAGGGAUCCAUCUCAAUUAGAGGAUUUGAAGGCUAUGCUAACAGUUAGAAAUGCUGGAAAAGUGGUUGUAGUAGUAACCACCCGUGAUCAACAAAUUGCAAUGAAGCUUCGCACCAGAGAUUCUUAUGAGAUAGAACCCUUGACAAAUGAAAUGUGCUGGGCAAUCAUAAAACAAAAGAGUUCAUUUGAAACUAGACCGGACAAAGAGUUGCUGGAGAUGAUAGGAAGGGAUAUUGCAAAAAAGUGUGGAGGUGUGGCUUUAGCAGCUCAAUCCCUUGGAUACAUGUUACAAUCCAUGAGGUCUGAUGAAUGGGCAUCAAUUAGAGAUAGUGAUGUCUGGAACGGAUCUACUCCGGAAGAUGGAUCUUCCUCGUCUCAUGUUCUUGCUUCCCUAAAGCUAAGUUACAGCAGUAUGCAUCCAUACUUGAAGUUAUGUUUUGCUUAUUGUGCAAUCUUUCCAAAAGGUCAUAAUAUUGUUAAAAAUGAUCUAAUAUACCAAUGGAUUUCUCUUGGUUUCAUCGAUCUGAAUACGGUACUGUCCACCAGGCAGCUUAGUGAGAAUUACAUCAAUCAACUUUUGUGGAAGUCCUUCCUUCAACGUUCACAAUCACCUUCGAUUGAUGGGCUGCACGACAAAGAUGUCACAUUGUUCACUAUGCAUGACUUGGUACAUGACCUCGCAAGAUCAGUCAUGGUGAAUGAAAUUCUGGAUGCUUCCAAACAGAAAAAUAUGGAGGGUGGCAGUUGCCGCUAUGCAUUGCUGACAGAUUGCAGUAAGUCGUUGAAGUUAACUACAAUUUCUCCAAAGAAAAUAAGGACAAUACGUUUUCUAGACUGCGGCAAAAUUGAACUAUGUGGUGCUGCUUUUUUAUCAGCGAAGUACUUGUGUGUCUUGGAUUUAAGUGAAUGUUCUAUAAAGAAGCUUCCAGAUUCAGUUGAGCAGUUGAAGCAGUUGAGGUAUCUCAAUGCUCCACGAAUGCAAAAUGGGAUGUUUCCAAAAUGUAUUACCAAGCUCUUAAAAUUAAAUUACCUUAACCUGAGAGGCUCUUCCAAUAUCUCAGCAAUACCAGAGUCAAUUGGUAAAAUGGGAAAUCUGAUGCACCUUGAUUUGUCAUAUUGUUCAAGCAUACAUGGAAGACUCCCAAGCUCAUUUGCGGAUCUCAAAGAGUUGGUUAAUCUGAAUUUGUCACACUGCUAUCAACUUGAUGGAAUACUGGAUGUUUUGUGUGGCCUUACCAAACUCCAACAUUUGAAUUUAUCACGUCCGCGAUUGAGUAACUCGCGAGUGAUUAACCCGUGUCUCACAAAGCUACCAGAAGUCAUCAGCAAUCUUAAAGAACUUCGGUAUUUGAAUAUGUCAGGGUGCUCCAGUUCUCAAUCUGACAGCUCAGGAUGGCAUGGACUCAUUAAGUGUAUCUGUACUAUGUCCAGUCUCGAACAUUUGGACUUGUCCUGCAAUGAAUUGUUUGCUAUACCGGAAUGUAUUGGAAGCCUGACGAAGCUACACACACUAAACCUGUCGCAAAACCGCCAUCUUAUCCAACUUCCAGAAAGUAUGGUUAAACUGGGUAAUCUCAAGGUCCUAAAUGUGAAUGGAUGCUUUCAUUUGAGUAUGUCCGCACAACUAAGUGCCCGUUUGCCACUAUAUGUAGUGCAUGCUAAUGAUUGUGGAUCUGGCAGUUCUCUUGCGGAGCUUGAGCAUGCAAAUCCCGAUGGACUGAGGAUUAGAAGGCUCGAAGAACUGAGAACCAUAUCAGAGGUGAAGCGUAUUCAAUUAAUAGAAAAACAAAGAAUGAAAGAGUUGACUUUGGAGUGGAGUGGGCAUCCCAAGAGGUUCAUGGAUGACGUGUACGUGUUGCAAGAGUUAGUGCCACCAACCACAUUAAAGCAUUUCAUGGUACGAGGUUAUGAUAGUGUCAGCUUUCCAGCCUGGCUAAUGAGUAGUAUCAGAUACCAUCUGCCUAACCUUGUGAGUAUUACAAUGUGGAAUUUGCCCAAAUGCAACAACCUACCACCACUCGGCCAGCUGCCAAAUCUACAAACGCUAGUUCUCAUUGGCAUGGAGAGUUUGGAGGAGUGGAACACGACUUCUUCGAGUGGAGAGGAUGGUGCGAACAAGCUCAUGUUCCCCAACCUUCAGACCUUGAGAAUAAGCGACUGCCCGAAGUUGAAGAUGCGACCACAUCCACCUAGAGUUGUGUCUUGGUUAAUUUCGAAUAGUGAUAAUGUGAUGUCAUCAUGGGGAGAACAUUUGACGCACAAUGGUUCUUCAUCCUCUUCUAGUGCAGUAACUUAUAUGCAGGUUCAACACUGCAACGUGCCCCUGCACCAAUGGAGAUUGCUUCACCACCAACCUGUCCUUACAGGUUUAACUAUUGCCAAUUGCAGUGAUCUGACCAGCUCACCAGAUAUCAUGCAGGUUUUUUCCUCCCUUGAAUCAGUAACCUUUGGAGUCAAUGGUCAGUCAGAACUGCCGGAAUGGUUGGGUGAACUCACAUCUCUUCGUCAACUUGAGAUAACAGACCCGACGCUAACAGAAUUGAAUGCAAACAUUGGGAAACUCACACAGCUACAGUCACUACGUUUGUUCUCUUGCAGCAGCAUGAUAUGGCUGCCUCCAUGGUUAGGAAAACUUACCCAUCUCAAGGAACUUGAAAUCUGGGGGUGCUUACGCAUGAUAUCUUCCUUAGAAGAAAUGGAACAACUUACCAGCUUAGAAUAUCUGACAAUUCAGCGCUGUCCAGGACUACUGCACUCCCUUGGGCUACCCUGGCAAUUAGAAGAAGAUGAAUUCAUAUGGUCGAGUUCAGUGGGUAGUUUGAGCGAGACAAUACGCACACUAGGCUCUAUAACCAUGAAGUCAGAGGCGGAUGAUCUUCUUUUUCUUUUAAGAAGGGAUUAUCCCAGAGGGACCUAG